CACACCGUCAAUGACCCAACCCGCUACUUGGAGACUGUAACAUUCAACAUUUCCUAUUUACAACGUGGUGUUAUUGUAUUCAUUUGAAAUAUUUAUUAUCUUCGUAAUUAGAUGGCUGCAGCAGUAAGUGCUGGUCGAUUUUGACAGAUCAAAUACAUUGUGAACCAAGCUUAGACAGAUGAAACUUUCUAUCAGAGUUUGCUAUGAACCAAAUAGUCCCUAUAAUAAAAGAAAAUUUGGUGUACAAAUUGUGAAGAAACAACUAAUUGUUUAAAGAUGCAGACAAUAAAAUGUGUUGUUGUGGGUGAUGGUGCUGUUGGUAAAACAUGUCUUCUGAUCAGCUAUACAACUAACAAAUUUCCAUCAGAGUAUGUUCCAACUGUAUUUGAUAACUACGCAGUCACUGUCAUGAUUGGAGGUGAACCUUACACUCUAGGUCUUUUUGAUACUGCAGGUCAGGAAGAUUAUGACAGGCUAAGACCACUGAGUUAUCCUCAAACAGAUGUUUUCCUUGUAUGCUUCAGUGUUGUGAGCCCUAGUUCAUUUGAAAAUGUAAAGGAAAAGUGGGUCCCUGAAAUAACUCAUCAUCAACAGAAGACACCGUUUUUGUUGGUUGGGACGCAAAUAGACUUGCGCGAUGAUUCGGCUACAAUGGAGAAACUUGCUAAAAUAAAACAGAAGCCGGUUUCAUUGGAACAGGGAGAGAAAUUGGCAAAAGAGCUUAAGGCUGUCAAAUAUGUAGAAUGCUCAGCGCUUACCCAGAAAGGCUUAAAGAACGUGUUCGACGAGGCUAUACUUGCUGCACUGGAGCCUCCGGAACCAGCAAAGAAAAAGAAGUGUGUCCUUUUGUAAGAAGUUAAACGACCUCGCCCUACCCGCCGUUCACCUGCAUGGGCAACGCUGUAAUAUUCAACAUAUUUUUAUAAUAUAUCUAUAAUAAUACCAAUAUUAUGCCAUAAUCAUUAAAAAAAGAAUAUUACAGAGUAUUGGAAUAUUUGCCACCAAGUAUGUAAACUGUACAGGUUGUCAGUUUUCCAUUCAUUAUUAUUAUUAUAACAAUUAAUUAAAUACUAAAGACGAUUUUUAUAGAAUUGUCUUUUGUAAAAAUUACUUUUAUUUAUACCAAUUAUAAAGUCAUGUGUACCUAUGUUUAUGCAAUUAUUAUGAAGACUUCAGUGGAUAGUCAAGUGUCGUGUAUAAACCUUUUCCUACAUUGUACUAGAAAGGCAGACAUUAUUAACUAUGUAACUUAUGACAUGUUCUGCCUAUGUAGACCAAUCACUGUAAUGAGAUAUUUGCACAACAUUUGCUAUGCACAGUGCGAACUAUGCAUUUUUGUUAGUAUUAUGCUAUUUGAAUAAUAUAUGUGUAAAUGAUUGAAAUUGCUAUUAAUUGAAACGCCUGUCUUGGCUGACAGCCGUCCAUAUUAUGCGUUUAAUUUUAUAAGUUUGGUAUGUUUACAUAAACAUAUUAAAACAAGCUUGUCAGGUGAACUAACCAUGUAAACUAGAAUUUUAUUUUUUUGGUCAUUUGGACCAUUUCAACUGCAAUUAUAAAAUAUAUUAUAAUCAUAAAUAUACAGAUACAGAGUACUAGUAUUUUAUACUGAAAUAUAUAUAUUCACUUUAUACAAUAUUUUAUCUUUUAAUUUAACAAAGUCUAUAUUGUUAGUUUCAGUUCAUAAUGUGGAGUGCAAUUUGUAGUAAACGCCGCAAUAAAUAUAUUCAUGUUUUUUAAUACAUUAUAUUGUGAGAAUCUCUCACUAUCAUGUUACAAGAGAUCUCUGAACUGUGGUUUCUUGAAUGAGCAAUAUGAAUAUACUAAUCAAUAUAAAAUACAUUUAACCACUUGUCAAAUCAAGAGUAUUACGUUUGAAGGUGAAAUUCUCACAGAUAAAAUAAUAAUAUUAUUAAAUAUUUGUAAAAGUCCCUGAAUGCCAAUUCAUAGAAUUUAAAUGUGAGCACACGGACUUAUUAAUAUGAAAUUAAAUGCACUGUGUAAUACUCAAUGGAAGACGCUAAUAUAAAAACCAAAUAAUAACAUUUGGAGGAAUCACUCAUCCGUACCAGGUGCAAACAACAGUAUUUUGACAUAAAAGUAUUUUGGCGCUAAGAUCAUUAAAAUUUAUCAUUUCAUUAAAUAAUCAAUUCGCAUAUUCAUAUGGCACCAAAUAUCUGAUAAUUGUAAACAUGAUUUUCAAUAUAGUCGUAUUUAUUUUCCACUCUAUUUUCAAUUCAGAAUUCAUUUCUAAAACAUUGUCAUAAAUGUCUACUGAAAAUGUAUUUACUGAAUAUUAUUGUGUCAGUAACUAGUUAUGUAUAGGUGUAUAUUGAGAAGUAAAUAAAUUUAAGAUCAAAUUAUUCUCCUUAUUUUACACCAACUUUACCUUGGACUUAAUAUUAUCAGCAUAAAGGAAUAUUUUGAUUGUUUUACUGAAUUUCGUUAAGAGCAAUAUUUAGAUACUUAAACUUGUAUGUAGUUAAUGGAAUUACAUCUUCUUAAAUAUGUAAAAUGUAUCCACCGAUUUUUUAUCUAAAAGAAAAUUAAAAAUUCUCUUAAUCGAAAAUCAAUAAAAACAACGCUCUUGAUAGCAACAAAAUGUAAACUGUAAUGAUUUUUUUCAUGGAUGUUUAAGAUAUAUAAUUAUUUCAAGUGUGGUGAUUUAUAUAAAUUUGAAAAUAUUGCAAAUAAGUAUAAAUCUAGAAUUCAUGUCCUUAAUACUGUAUCGACAUUAUAUGAGCUGGUAUGUGUUAGAUGUGUGUUAACUAUUUCAAAAGUCAUGAGAAAUAGCGCAUAUGUAAUGCUACAAUUUGAUUCAAUUAAAGGAUUUUUUUAA